UGUUCAUUUCUGUCAAGCGAAUCUUGGUAUCGGAAAGUUAUCUCGCUGUUUUCGGGAAAAAUUUGAUUAGAAGCUUUAACUGUUCGUGGUAUAAUUUGUGAGUGUGUCGACAUCUAAAACAAAUUAACGAUGUCAGAAGAGCCAGAUACACCGCCCUUUAGCACAGUGGAUAUCAACAAUGAUAAUAGGGAUGACGAAGAUCUUUUCGCGUCUGCGGUCCAGGAAGUCAGUUUGGACUCGGAGGUGAAUGGUGCGCGCCAAGGAAUCGAGAAGGCCGCCAUUAGUGACGCUCCACCGUCUAUCAACGCUUCACUAGCCAGCCCAAUCAUGGAAGAGAUAGCAACAGAACGCGCAAACAACAUAAUAAUCACGAUCACGGAGCCACAAAAGAUUGGAGAAGGCAUGAGCUCGUACGUAGCGUACCGUGUCCUUACCAAAACCAACAUGCCUAUAUUCAGUAAGCAUGAAUUCGCCGUGCUACGGAGGUUCAGCGACUUCCUCGGCCUACAUGAGAAGCUGACUGAGAAGUACUUGAGGUCUGGCAGGAUCAUACCUCCGGCUCCUGAGAAGAGUAUAGUUGGUACCACAAAAUUGAAGAUGACAUCUACACCGUCGACGGAAAGUGCUAAUGGCAGCUCAGCGGCUGGCAGCGUACAGUCGCAGUUUGUGGAGCGACGCCGUGCAGCGCUCGAGCGCUUCCUCAACCGAGUGGCUCAGCACCCCGUACUCUGCAUCGAUCCAGACUUCAGGGAGUUCCUUGAGUCAGACACAGAGUUGCCCAAAGCGACGAGUACGUCAGCGCUGAGUGGCGCGGGAGUGCUGCGUCUCUUCAACAAGGUCGGCGAGACCGUCAACAAGAUCACGUACAGAAUGGACGAGUCUGACCCGUGGUUCGAGGAGCGCUCAGGUCGUGUGGAGGCCCUGGAAGCCUGCCUCCGGCGCCUGUCGGGCGCGUGCGAGGCGCUGGCGGGCGAGCGGCGCGAGCUGAGCGCGCGCACGCACGAGGCGGCGCGCGCGUGCGCCGCGCUGUCCGGCGCCGACCCGCACGCGCCGCUCUCUCGCGCGCUCUCGCACACCGCCGACUUGCACGAGAAGAUCGAGCACCUGCGACUAGAGCAGUCUAACACAGACUUCUACGUGCUGGCAGAACAUGUGAAGGACUACCUCGGACUCAUCGGAGCUAUCAAGGAUGUGUUCCACGAGAGAGUCAAGGUAUUCCAAAACUGGCAACAUGCUCAGAUGCAGCUGACGAAGCGGAGAGAGAACAAAGCCAAGGCCGAGCUCGCCAACCGGCCCGAGAAGAUCGAACAAGCUGCCAAUGAGAUUAUUGAGUGGGAAGCGAAGGUAGAGCGAGGCCAACAAGAAUUCGACACGAUAUCGCGUGUGAUCAAGAAGGAAUUGGAGCGCUGGGAUGAGGUCCGUCUACACGACCUGAGACACGCGCUACUACGGUAUCUGGACGACCAUAUGAAGCAUCAGGCACAGUCGAUCCGCUACUGGGACGCGUUCCUACCGGAGGCGCGCGCCAUCAAAUGAGUGGGACUCUCCGCGCUCGCACACGGCGACUGCGCUAACGUUAGUAAAUGAAUUCCAAUACCUUACUACACAUACACAUACAUACAUCACCUCGGUACAACAGAAUAAACAAUACCUUGUAGUUGAUCCAGACUAUGAAGAUAAAUAACUUUUUGUUUAUAGCAAGUGAGCGAAUACGAGUCAACUUCUUGUUUGAUAAUAAGCAAAUAAGUGCUUUAUACAUGUAUAAUAAUAACUAUAGAAAUGUGUACUAUGAACAACGUUUAAUAACCAUUUUAUAUAUACUAUAGUUCCUCAUAAGCAAAUCGCGAG